GAACCAUGGCAACGACAGCUCUGACCGGGUUCUCUAUGAUGAGCCUGCUCAGCCUCGGGUACCUGACCUGGGACCUGAUGAGUCCUAAUCAGGUGGAAAACGAGGGAGAGCAAACUUUCGUUGACAGAUCUCCUGUCCAGCAGCCUCCUCACAUCAUUUUCAUCAUGACAGACGAUCAGGGAUUCAACGACAUCGGCUACCACAGCUCUGACAUCAGGACGCCGGCGCUGGACAAGCUGGCAGCGGACGGAGUGAAGCUGGAGAGUUAUUACAUCCAACCCAUCUGCACCCCGUCCCGCAGUCAGCUCAUCACCGGCAGGUACCAGAUUCACACCGGCCUGCAGCACUCCAUCAUCCGGCCCCGCCAGCCCAACUGCCUGCCCUUUGACCAGGUCACCCUCCCCCAGAGACUGCAGGAGCUCGGCUACUCCACCCACAUGGUCGGCAAGUGGCAUCUGGGCUUCUACAAGAAGGAGUGCCUACCCACUCGCCGUGGUUUUGACACAUACUUUGGCUCCCUAACGGGCAGUGUGAACUACUACACCUAUGACUCCUGUGACGGCCCUGGGAUGUGUGGCUUCGACCUCCAUGAGGGGGAGUCGGUCGCCUGGGGUCAGAGGGGCAAAUACUCCACCCAUCUAUAUACACAGAGAGUCCGCAAGAUCCUGGCAACCCAUGAUCCUCAGUCCCAGCCGCUGUUUAUCUUCCUCUCCUUCCAAGCUGUUCAUACACCAUUGCAGUCUCCGCGGGAGUACAUCUACCCGUACCGUGGGCUGGAAAAUGUGGCACGCCGGAAAUAUGCUGCCAUGGUCUCAGCCGUAGACGAGGCGGUGCGCAAUAUAACAUAUGCUCUCCGCAAGUAUGAUUACUACCAGAACAGUGUCAUCAUCUUCUCUACUGACAACGGUGGCCAACCAUUGUCUGGCGGCAGUAACUGGCCACUCAGAGGACGUAAAGGCACCUACUGGGAAGGUGGUGUGCGCGGUCUGGGGUUCGUCCACAGCCCUCUCUUGAGGAAGAAGAGGAGGGUGAGUAAAGCCCUGGUGCACAUCACUGACUGGUACCCCACACUGGUGGGAUUAGCAGGUGGCAAUGAGUCGCUGACCGAGGGGGUGGAUGGGUAUGAUGUUUGGGAGGCCAUCAGUGAGGGGAAGGAGUCACCCAGGUUGGAGAUCCUCCAUAAUAUUGAUCCUCUGUAUAACCAUGCACGCAGUGGCUCCCUGCAGAAAGGAUUUGGGAUUUGGAAUACAGCUGUGCAGGCCUCCAUUCGAGCUGGAGACUGGAAACUACUGACAGGAGACCCUGGCUACGGAGACUGGACACCACCACAGAUGCUUCCAGGUUUCCCCGGCAGCUGGUGGAAUCUGGAGCGCCACACUGAACCCCGGAAAUCUGUCUGGCUUUUCAACAUCUCCGGAGACCCCUAUGAACGUUUUGACCUUUCUGAGCAGAGACCAGAUGUUGUCAAAGAGCUGCUGGCUAGAUUGGUGUACUACAAUCGCACUGCUGUGCCAGUAAGGUACCCAUCAGAGGACCUACGGGCUGCCCCCGACCUGAAUGGAGGUGCCUGGGUGCCCUGGGUAGCAGAUGAAGAGGAGGACAGCUGGGACAGUGUCUACCAGAAAAAUAACAAGGAUUGGAAGAAGAAGCUUAAACUGUCCAAAAGCAGGUCGUUUUUCAGGAGACUCAACACAAGGAUCAUGUCCAACAGGAUAUAGAAAGGACAUGGUGCUUCGGAAGGACAAAGUCAUAUGAAGGAGAGUUCUGUUUGUGGAUGGAACUUUUUGAAGAUGUGUUUGUGUUUGUGUUUGUGUUGAACAAAUAACCAAGACUUUUCAGGCUCCGGCUACAGUUACUGUUCAGUCUCUGUAGAAGAACUGAUGAAAGAAGUCCGAUGAAAGCAUUAAUUGUUCAACUGGUUUGUAUCCACUUUAAAUAAAAAAUAUGUGUGACCCUAAAUUUAAUAUUCAGUUCUGAAAAAUUAGGGUUGAUUCCAUCUUACAAGAUGAUACAAGUAUGUAAGCAAAUGUGUUUUGUUAGCGUACAAAAAAACUGUUCUCCAGAGAGUGUGAGAGAAAUACAAAAUUGUUUUUUAUAUAAUGACAAUCACUGGGUUUGACACGGAUGACAAGGUGACAAAGACAAAUCAUCUGCAACCAUUUGUAACUAUAAUGAAUACAACUGAUGACUACCUCUCUGUCAAUGUGACAUUAGAAUGAUUUAUUGAAACUCCAGUUCUAAACUUAUUCUAUCUGUUGAUUUAGGUAAUUUAAAAUAGAAGAAUAAUAUUAGAAGAAUAUAAUUUUUUUACUUGUUGGGGAAAGCAUCUUGAUAAAAGUUUACAACUCUGAGUCUUUAUGCCAAGUGUCCUUUUCUGUUCAUCAUAUUCUAUUUAUCACAUUUUGAAUUAAAAUUUGCUUAAAGGUC